CCUCAGCACUAAUUGCACCAGGUGUGCUGCUAAUUGUUUGGCUGACAGUCUACAAGCUGCUGCCGCUCUGCUCUAAAAUGUGACCCCAUGUCUCUACUUAUGGGCUACUUUUUUACUCACUUAAGAUGUCUAAAAACCCAGCUUUUCUCCAUGUGCUGUAUAUUUUGGCUGCACUCAUGCUUCUGUAAAAGAGAAAAAAAUGUUUUCAAACUACUCUACACCUGGCGACUCCAACCUGUCAGAUGUUGACCUCCUGCAAAUCCACGAGCUCACUCACCGGUCAGUCAAAGUCAGCAUGAUAAUCGUCCUGGGCGUGAUGAUCACUGUGGGGAACGUUGCAGUCCUCAUGGUUAUUACUUCUUCAGUGGCUGGAUGGUCAAGAAACUCUCGGUACUUUCUGCUCUCUCUCACUGCUGCAGACUCUGCGUUUGGACUGCUGGUCAUGCCCCUGAAUCUGUAUGUGAGUCUGCUGAAGGACUACACUGAGGGCCCAGAUGUUCUGUGUCACGUUGUGGCCUUUUGCAAUGCUACAGUCUACUCCACCUGCAUGUACACACUGGCCACGAUAAGCCUGGAGAGGUACAUUGCGGUAUUUUACCCGCUGCAGUACUCCUCUCUGAUGACCAGAAGAAGGGCCCUGCUCCUGAUUGCCUGCGCCUGGUGCUUCCCUCCAUUCUUCCUGUCGCCAAUUUCAAUCCCAGGUGGCAUCAUCGAGGUUCACUUCUCUACGGCCUCACUGGUCUGCAAUCCAUCCUACGACACAAACGUUGGAUACUCCCUAAGCUUGACGUGUGUUAUAUUCUUCCCUUGCUCCAUCAUCAUGACAUACGCCAACCUGAGAGUGUGGUGUGCAGCAAAGAGACAGAGACUUAAACUGCGCAAAUAUGACUGUGCGCGUCGCAGCAGGCAGAACGUGGCCUCCAGGGUGCUCGUGCCUGUGAUGGCAGCCUACUACACCUGUUGGACACCUUGUAUGGCUGCUAUGAUCUACAAUGCGGUCUCAGGAAGCAGCAUACCAGAGUGGGUUGAAUUUGUCGUGGUCUGGCUGCCAACAUCCAAUGGUUUCCUCAACUGCAUCUUCUACUUCUGGAUAAACCGAAGCUUCCGAAAAAAGUUCAGACUCGUCCUCCAGAGGCUUGCCACGGCCGUCUGCCCCAAACUGUCCAUCUCCCUUGGGUUCUGCGACUCUUCAAAGACUCAGUUUGUGUCAGGAGUUAACAACAACAAUGUUCAUGAGCGGUCCUCCAGUGUAUCAUCCACCUGCACACUGUUGAGCCUGGCUUAGGGGAAAGAUUACCUCUGGCAUGGGGAAGGACAAGGAGGCUUGCUGGGCUGCUAAACAUAUCCCUAUGCAAGAUAUCCAGAGUAAGCGGUCAGAUGGGUUGAUACAGAAACAGGUUAUGAUGGCAAGAAUGUAAAACAACCACUGUAUAGUCUAUCAUUAUAAUUUAAGGUAAAUUGAUUAUUGUAUAUUUUUCUUAUUUUUAUUUCCUUUUAUCAAUUUUCAUACUGUAACGCAGGCUCAGUUUAUAACUUAUUCAGACUUUUUGUUUUAUUUGAGCACACAACAUUGCCAGGACUUGAUUUUCUGUCAAAGACAGUCUCUUAAACCACCAUUUUAGUUGUUUUAUAGUCAGCCAUCAACCUUGUCUGUGACCCAGAAAUGUUUCCCUUUAUUCUGCAGAUGAGUCUUUUAACAGUGUCAGCUUUUACACAUUCAGCCUUGUUGCUUUAGUCAACAUAUUUCACUUCAAGCGUCUGAGAUUAGUAAAUUGAUUCAGAAGAAACAGGUAAUCAUACCUCUUUUCAUACGAGACAUUUGUGAGCUAACAUCACUAUCUGAUUAUGAGCACUUUGAAGGAUUUAAUGCAUCAAUCUCGUCUUCAGUUUAAACUCUGAGUCACAGACCUUGGCAUAUAACAGCAGGGAGAAGUUAACCUUUAAGUCACAGCAUUUCAGUUUAUGCAAGGAGGAAAGUAAUUAAGCAGCUACACUGUAGAAAGGUCACUACAUUUAUGCUGGCAACAGAUAACUUGGGUAACUCAGGCAACUGUGGUUGUUUAUUUUGAGAUAUUAAGUCCAUAAUAUUUCUUCAAUUUCUUCUACAAAAGGAUGAAUUUACCUUGGAAAUGCUUGUCCUCGGUCUCUGAGUCAAUUGAACUGUUAUGGUAAGAGAUAUUUUAUACAACUUAUUUUAGCUUUAAGCUGCUGCAUGGUAACAUCCGGAUAAACUUGUCAGAGUAACUUCAAUGUGUUGAGCUUCACAAGGAUAUCUACUAGAUUAUAUAGAAUAAUGUCAAACUUUAUACAGAAAAUGUUUUGUUGUUUCUAAAAUCUAAAUUUUAAAAAAGAUGGAAGAAUGUUUGAAAAUGAUUGGUGUAUGGAUUAUAAAUGAAAUAAAGUAUUAUGCCUUUGAU